CCAUUAAAAUGAGAAAGUAAGAAAGCAGAGAUAGAACAAUGGAUGCACUGCAUGGGCAUCGGCAUGUUCUGGAAACAAACAGUUAAUUUUCCAUUCAUUUAAAACUUCAAACUCAUUCACAACCACCAUUAAACCGUGUCCACUGUUCAUCUCAAUCUGUCUCUCUCCCUUUAACUGUGUGAUUUUAUUACAAUAUGUCUAGGAAGGCGCAUUCUUCAAUCUCAGGACACAAAUUUAAGAACACUCUUCACCGUGAGUGAGUAAUUGCUUCGCUGCCACGCUUGUGGAAUGUCUGUUUGACAUCAUUAGUUCUUUCUCGUCAAUCUCUUAUUGAACUAGUGUCUUUUUUGGUUAGUUUGGUAAUUGAUAGUUAAGGGUGAUGCACGAGAACUUAAGGCAGUAUUUGAGGAAAUACUGUUAUUGGUGAUAGAUAUUCUUGAUUGAUUGUUCAGAGUGUGUGUGUGUGUGUGUGUGUGAGAGAGAGAGAGAGAGAGAGAGAGAGAGAGAGAGAGAGAGAGAGAGAGAGAGAGAGAGAGAGAGAGAGAGAGAGUUAUGGCAUGGCUUAGAGUUGCUUACAGCAUAGCAAAGCAUGAUGCAAUUAGGAGAAAUCUCUAUGGGGGUGGAGCACUGUAUUCUGGGAAAAUGACCACCACAGUCCUUCAAUCAACAAGUAGAAUUAGAAACUUCCACAGCACAGUUUUCAAAUCCAGAGAGCAAACUGCUCCUGUGCCUCGCCCAGUGCCCCUUUCUAAGCUAACAGACAAUUUCUUGGAUGGGACAAGUAGUGUCUAUUUAGAGGAGCUUCAAAGGGCUUGGGAAGCUGAUCCAAACAGUGUUGAUGAGUCCUGGGACAAUUUCUUCAGGAACUUUGUGGGUCAGGCCUCCACCUCCCCUGGAAUUUCUGGGCAAACAAUUCAGGAGAGUAUGCAAUUGCUGUUGCUGGUGAGAGCAUACCAGGUUAAUGGCCACAUGAAAGCCAAGCUAGACCCUUUGGGUCUGGAAGAAAGAAAAGUCCCUGAUGAGUUAGACCUUGCCUUUUAUGGAUUCACCGAGGCUGAUCUCGACAGGGAAUUCUUUCUGGGGGUGUGGAAGAUGUCUGGGUUUUUGUCUGAGAAUCGUCCUGUGCAGACUCUUAGGUCCAUUUUGACACGGCUUGAGCAAGCCUACUGUGGAAGCAUUGGGUAUGAGUACAUGCACAUACCGGAUCGUGAGAAGUGUAAUUGGCUUAGGGACAGAAUUGAGACCCUUGCUCCUACACAGUAUAAUCGGGAGCGUCGCGAGGUUAUUUUUGACAGGCUUGCCUGGAGUACACUUUUUGAAAAUUUCUUGGCCACCAAGUGGACAUCUGCAAAGAGGUUUGGGCUUGAAGGGGGAGAGAGUAUUAUUCCUGGUAUGAAAGAAAUGUUUGAUCGUGCAUCUGAUCUUGGUGUUGAGAGUAUUGUUAUGGGAAUGGCACAUAGGGGAAGAUUGAAUGUUUUGGGUAAUGUAGUUCGGAAGCCCCUUCGUCAGAUUUUCUGUGAGUUUAGUGGUGGUCAGCCUGCGGAUGAAGCUGGACUCUACACAGGAACUGGUGAUGUUAAAUAUCACUUGGGAACAUCCUAUGAUCGACCAACAAGGGGUGGGAAGAGGAUACACCUGUCUUUGGUGGCAAAUCCUAGUCACUUGGAAGCAGUGAACCCACUUGUUGUUGGAAAAACUCGAGCGAAGCAGUAUUACUCAGACGAUAAGAACAGAAUGAAAAACAUGGGGGUUUUGAUUCAUGGAGAUGGUAGUUUUGCUGGGCAAGGUGUGGUUUAUGAAACACUUCAUCUCAGUGCUCUUCCAAAUUACACUACUGGUGGGACUAUACACAUUGUGUUCAACAACCAAGUUGCAUUUACAACCGACCCCAAGUCAGGAAGAUCUUCACAGUACUGCACUGAUGUUGCCAAAGCCUUAAAUGCUCCCAUCUUUCAUGUGAACGGUGAUGAUGUGGAAGCUGUUGUUCAUGUCUGUGAACUUGCAGCUGAAUGGCGCCAAACUUUCCAUUCGGAUGUGGUUGUUGACUUGGUUUGUUACCGUCGAUUUGGCCACAACGAGAUUGAUGAACCAUCUUUCACACAGCCUAAAAUGUACAAGGUUAUCCGAAACCAUCCAUCAGCUCUUGAGAUAUACCAGAAAAAGCUUUUGGAAUCUGGGGAGCUGACACGAGAAGACAUUGAUAAGAUACAUAAAAAAGUGACAUCAAUUCUAAAUGAUGAAUUUUUUGCCAGCAAAGAUUAUGUUCCAAAAAGAAGAGAUUGGCUUUCAGCAUAUUGGUCUGGUUUCAAGUCACCCGAACAAAUUUCACGCAUCAGGAACACUGGGGUGAAACCAGAGAUCUUGAAAAAUGUAGGGAAAGCAAUCACGCUGUUACCUGAAAAUUUUAAUCCUCAUAAAGCGGUGAAGAGAAUUUAUGAACAGCGUUCCCAAAUGGUUGAAACAGGGGAAGAAGAUAUUGACUGGGGAUUUGCUGAGGCUCUUGCUUUUGCAACAUUGAUUGUUGAAGGAAACCAUGUUCGGUUAAGUGGUCAGGACGUUGAAAGGGGAACAUUUAGUCAUCGUCAUGCUGUAGUUCAUGAUCAGACAACUGGAGAGAGAUAUUGCCCCCUUGACCAUGUGAUAAUGAAUCAAAAUGAAGAGAUGUUUACUGUCAGUAACAGCUCACUUUCUGAGUUUGGUGUUCUUGGAUUUGAAUUGGGUUACUCAAUGGAAAAUCCUAAUUCAUUGGUGAUCUGGGAGGCUCAGUUUGGUGAUUUUGCUAAUGGGGCUCAAGUUAUAUUUGACAAUUUCUUGAGUUCUGGUGAGUCUAAGUGGCUGCGUCAGACUGGGCUUGUUGUGUUACUUCCUCACGGUUAUGAUGGGCAGGGACCUGAGCAUUCAAGUGGAAGACUGGAACGCUUCCUUCAGAUGGCUGAUGACCAUCCUUAUACUAUUCCUGAGAUGGAUCCUACUCUUCGGAAACAAAUUCAGGAGUGUAAUUGGCAGAUUGUGAAUGUUACAACUCCUGCAAAUUUUUUCCAUGUUUUACGCCGGCAGAUACACAGGGAAUUCCGUAAACCUCUUAUAGUAAUGUCCCCUAAGAACCUUCUCCGUAGUAAGGUUUGCAGAUCACAUUUAUCUGAGUUUGAUGAUGUUCAAGGACAUCCCGGUUUUGACAAACAGGGAACCAGAUUUAAGCGCCUCAUAAAAGACCAAAAUAAUCACUCAGGCGUUGAAGUGGGUAUAAGACGUUUAGUACUUUGCUCUGGAAAGGUUUACUACGAACUUGAUGAACAGCGAACAAAGGAAGAUGCAAAGGAUGUUGCAAUAUGUAGGGUGGAACAGCUUUGUCCUUUCCCUUAUGAUCUUGUGCAACGAGAGCUUAAACGAUAUCCAAAUGCGGAGGUUGUCUGGUGUCAAGAAGAGCCAAUGAACAUGGGUGGAUACACAUAUGUUUUACCCCGGCUCAUAACUUCCAUGAAGGCUGUAGGUAGAGGAGGCUAUGAAGAUCUUAAAUAUGUUGGUCGUGCUCCUUCUGCAGCAACAGCUACUGGUUUCCUCAAGGUUCACCAUAAGGAGCAGGCUGAGCUAGUUCAGAAAGCCAUUCAACGAGAACCAAUCAAUUACCCUUACUGAGCCACAGCAUCUUCAUGGUUUCUGCAGAGUGAUGAAGGCAAUAAUUGGAGGGCAGCUUGGAAAAUUAUUAAUAUUUGUUCUUUUUUGUCUUUAUGUAGAGGUAGUUUUUCUUUGGUACCAAGUGGUAAACUUGGUCAAUUGUUCUCCAACAGGUAAAAUUGUUUUUAGUCUGAUUAUUAUUAUUAUUACUGACUAGUUUCAAUGUAUAACUACUGUAGUCUAGGUUUCGGAAAAUGGAUUCGCUUUGAGACAGUUUAGACUUAGUUGUAUCUCGUAUGUACUGUUUGUUCAGUGUAUUUUGCUAAAAAAUAAAGGGAAAAGAAAUCAGGAAUUUAAGUCUGUAUUUUUCCAUCGUUUUUACACGAGACAAGAGUUUUGGACACUGAAGAACACUCAAUUAGUGGAUUCAAUCAUGGCUAUGAAUGAGACUUCCUAGCAAGCAAUUUGAAUCUGUGAGAAAUCAUGGCAAUAUGUUUGAUGCUGCGAGGAAACUCCUAUCCCUGUUUCUACCCAUAUCAUCCAAGGUUUGCAGCAAUGGCUAGCUGUAUCAUUAUGGAAUCAUGUUGCUGCAGCAAGCUUUUUUAUCCAAGUUGUAAGAAUUUUCAGCUCAGACAGCAAUUUUCUAAUUUUCUAGCCCUAAGCUUAGGAAAUAGGCAAAAAAAAUUGGUACCACAGCUGAUGAACCUGGUCAAUUUUCUUAUUCACCUUUUAGAUCAUUUGAUUUCAAGUGCUUUUUGUUGUUUUGGGGACAGUCAAACUGGUGAUGAUCGGGAGUUACAUUUUACAAAAUUAAUUAAUGUCAAGUUCUUUCAAGAAUAUACCCAUUCACAACCUUCGUUAUGAGUCACUCCUAAGUCCCACACAGAUUAUAGUAGAUAACGGUCACCUGACAUUAAAGAAUAAAAAUAACCUCCUAAUACUAAGCAAUUCAUACCUUUCUCGGCCUUUUGGCUAAGAUCAAGUGUAGUAUCUGUUCUUAUCAGUUUAAUAUCUGAUAUGUGGGCCAAUGGUCCACACGAUAUUAAAUUAAUUUUUUAAAGGGGAAGGUCCACGACGGUAGCUUGCUACUGGGUCCUUCAAGUGUCGCUCUUGCGUUGCACUAUAGCAUGGGCUGGCACACCCUCCAA